CCAUAACGCGUAGUCAAUAGACACUGUAACCACCUCCACAUACAGCCCCAUCACAUAAAAAAAUAAAAAAAUAAAAAAUUGUUCCAUCAUCAAAUCUCCUUCACUCAAACUUUCUCCUCCAAGUUUUUCCAACAUCCCUAAAUUUGCCUCUCUUCCUCGCCUUCUUUCAGCCAUUAUCCAGUUAUUGUUAUCGCUUUUGCUGUUCCUUUAUUGGGUCGAGCAGGUUCCAGACGGGCUCGAUCUCUAGGUGAGAACGGUAUGCCAGAGAUCGAACAAGUUUCCGAAAAUGCCUUAUUUGGCAAGUAUGAGGUUGGAAAGCUUCUUGGAUGUGGAGCCUUUGCGAAGGUCUACCAUGCACGAGAUGUUCAAACAGGAAAAAGUGUUGCUAUAAAGAUUAUCAACAAGAAGAAGAUCUCUAGCCCUAGCUUGAUUGCUAACAUAAAGCGGGAGAUCUCCAUCAUGCGAAAGCUAAACCAUCCAUAUAUUGUGAAACUCAUCGAAGUCUUGGCUUCCAAGACGAAGAUUUAUUGCGUCAUGGAGUAUGUUAAAGGUGGAGAAUUGUUUACUAAAAUUGCUAAAGGAAGAUUUAGCGAAGAUCUUAGCAGGAAAUACUUUCGACAGUUGAUAUCAGCGGUCGGUUAUUGUCAUCUUCGGGGGGUUUUUCACCGGGAUUUGAAACCGGAAAACUUGCUUCUUGAUGAAAAUGGGAACCUGAAGGUUUCAGAUUUUGGUCUGAGUGCUGUCAGAGAUCAGACCCAACUUGAUGGGCUUUUGCACACGCUUUGUGGAACUCCAGCUUAUGUUGCCCCGGAGAUUCUUGCAAAGAAAGGUUAUGAUGGUGCUAAGAUUGAUGUCUGGUCUUGUGGUGUUAUUCUCUUUGUCUUAGUAGCUGGUUAUUUGCCCUUCAAUGAUCCAAACCUGAUGGCCAUGUAUAAAAAGAUUUACAAAGGUGAAUUCCGAUGCCCUAAGUGGAUGUCCACCGAUUUGAAACGAUUCUUGUCUCGGCUUCUUGAUACGAAUCCGGAGACAAGAAUCACCAUUGAUGAGAUCUUGAAGGAUCCUUGGUUCAAGAAAGGGAAGCAUAAGGAAAUUAACUUCUACGACGAGGAGUUCAACAAGGAUGAUGAGAGAAAAGACGAGGAAUUGGCUUCUACAAGCUUGAAUGCCUUCGAUAUCAUAUCUUUCUCCUCCGGUUUGAACUUAUCAGGGAUGUUUGAUGAUUCAUAUAACGUGGUUGACGACGGAGAGAGAUUUGUCUCGACCGAAUCACCGGAGGAUUUGGUGAAGAGAGUCGAGGAGUUUGCCAAGGAGGAAAGGUUGAGGGUGAGGAGAAGGAAAGAAUGGGGGCUGGAGAUGGAAGGGCAAGAUGGUAAUUUGAUGCUGUCGGUCGAGAUUCGCAGGUUGACUGAUACUUUGUUUGUUGUGGAGGCUAAGAGGAAUGGUGGUGAUGCUGGAUGUUACAAGGAGAUUUGGAAGAAUAAGCUUAAGCCUGUGAUAUUUAAUGGCUUAAUUAGUACUAAUAGUGUUGUUAAUGAUGAUUAAUCAACAAGAAAGCCAGGUUUCUGCUAAAUGGAAUUUGGUGAUCCUUUGUUUGCCAGAAAAAUGAAUUCUGGCCAUGUAUGUUGUAAUCUAUUAUUUUUCCUAUAAAAAAAGAAGAAAAAAAACUACGAAAGCUAUAUAUUAAAUCUA